GUUGGCGGUGGUACUCUUGUACCUGGAGGUUAGCUGUUGGUUGUGUUGUCUUUAUGCGCAUCUCAACUUCAUGUCCAGGUUGAAUUUUGUUGGAGGUCCUAUGUGUUGGAAUACCCGUACAUUUUCUACAUCAGCCGGUGGCGAGGCCUUCUGUAAUGGACAGACAAGCCAUGUUAGCGAAACUGAUCGGGUGGAUAGAUCUCUUCUAGUGACUGAAUUUGGAUAUGAACAUGAUGAUGCAUGGGAAACAAAUAUAUAUUUAAAUAAUUUACUGAUAUCAGCAGGGUACGUAUACAUUCUUUUGAGUUAUCUCACUAAAUUAUAACAAAAAUUAGAAUCAAACCUUAGGCUUUUUCUGAGGGGCCAUGCUAGUAGAAUCACUUGCGCAUUUGAGCAGCCAUGUUUUUUCCUAGUAUAGGUGGUGUUAAGCCAG